GCGGGUCUUAGAGGCAACACGCUUUUCACUCCUUGUCAUUCAAUCCAUUCCUCCAUUUUAUAUCUCCAGAUUUUCACUUUCUCUUCUCUCUUUCUUUCUUUCUCUCGAAAACGAAUCCAAAUUAUGAACAAUUUCUGAAUUUCUAUUGAGGUAAUUUGCUCGAAAGAAGACAAAGAUGUCUACUUUUGUGGGAGUACUUGUAUCUGAUCCAUGGCUUCAAAGCCAAUUCACCCAAGUCGAGCUACGUACCCUUAAAUCCAAUUAUGUAGCUAUAGGGACUCAAACAGGUCAUGUCACAGUUGGGGAGCUGCCUCCUGUUUUUGUAAAAUUGAAGGGUUUCUCAGAGGUUUUUAAUGCGGAUGAGAUUAAGACUAUAUUGGGGGAGUCUUAUUCAAACCCAAACGAAGAACUUGAUUUUGAAACCUUCCUCCGAGCGUAUUUGAAUGUGCAAGCACGAGUACCUGCAAAAGCAGGUGGAAGAAAACUGAAAUCUUCUUGUUCAUUUCUCAAAGCAUCAACAACAACUUUUCACCAUAACAUUAAUGAAUCUGAGAAGGCUUCUUAUGUUACACACAUUAAUAACUAUUUGGGAGAAGAUCCAUUCUUAAGUAAAUAUCUUCCAGUAGAUGCGGCUACAAAUGCUUUAUUUGAUCUUGUGAAAGAUGGAGUUCUUCUUUGCAAGCUUAUCAAUGUGGCUGUUCCUGGGACCAUAGAUGAGCGAGCUAUUAACAAAAAAAAAGUCCUUAACCCAUGGGAAAGAAAUGAGAAUCACACCCUCUGCCUUAAUUCUUCAAAGGCUAUUGGAUGCACUGUUGUUAAUAUUGGAACGCAAGACCUUGUUGAAGCCAGACCUCAUUUGGUACUUGGACUGAUUUCCCAAAUCAUUAAGAUUCAACUGUUAGCAGAUCUUGAUUUAAAGAAAACACCUGAACUUGUGGGAUUGGUGGAUAACAGCAAGGAGGUAGAGGAGCUCAUGGGUUUAGCACCUGAAAAAUUGUUGCUGAAAUGGAUGAAUUUUCAUCUGAAGAAAGCUGGUUAUGGUAAACAGGUUACAAACUUCUCUUCUGAUGUGAAGGAUGGAGAGGCCUAUGUUUACCUGCUUAAAACUCUAGCACCAGAACUCAAUACCUCUGAUGACGUGGCUUCUAGUGAUCCCAAGCAGAGAGCAAACAUAGUGCUUGAGCAAGCAGAGAAACUUGAUUGUAAAAGAUAUCUUACUGCUAACGAUAUUGUUGAGGGCUCCCCAAAUCUUAAUCUUGCAUUUGUGGCUCAUAUAUUUCAGCACAGGAAUGGAUUGACAGCUGACGCUAAAAAGAAGUCAUUUGCUGAGAUGAUGGAGGAUGAUACUCAAACAUCUCGAGAGGAGAGAUGCUUCCGACUUUGGAUUAAUAGUCUUGGAAUUGUUACUUAUGUUAAUAACGUUUUUGAGGAUGUCAGAAAUGGAUGGGUUCUUUUAGAAGUGCUGGACAAAGUUUCACCUGGCUCAGUUAACUGGAAGCAGACAACUAAGCCUCCUAUAAAGAUGCCAUUUAGAAAAGUUGAAAAUUGCAACCAAGCAGUACAAAUAGGGAAAGAAUUGCUUUUCUCCCUAGUGAAUGUUGCUGGGAAUGACAUUGUUCAAGGAAAUAAGAAGCUUAUAUUAGCAUUUUUAUGGCAAUUAAUGAGGUUUACCAUGCUUCAGCUUCUCCAAAACUUGAGAUCUCACUCCUCUCACUCUGAAGAAAUCACAGAUAAUGACAUUUUAAACUGGGCGAACAACAAAGUGAAGAAAGUAGGUAAAACAUCUCAAAUGGAGAACUUCAAGGACAAGAGCCUUUCAAAUGGAAUUUUCUUUCUUGAUCUUCUUAGUGCUGUGGAGCCAAGGGUAGUUAAUUGGACAGUUGUUACAAAGGGAGAAAAUGAUGAGGAUAAAAAGAUGAAUGCUACUUAUAUAAUUAGUGUUGCUCGGAAACUUGGAUGCUCCAUUUUCUUACUACCUGAGGAUAUCAUGGAGGUAAACCAGAAGAUGAUACUUGUUUUGACUGCAAGCAUAAUGUAUUGGAGCCUGCAGCAUCAAACUGUAGAAUCAGAAUCAUCUGUUGUUGCUGAAGACAUCAUAGAGACAUCAUCUAUAGAAGGGGAUGUUACUAUGGAUGAUGCUGCUUCCGACGCUGGUUCCGAUUCUUAGGUUCGCAAUGCAGCAGUUUAGUACUCAUAUAAGUAGAAUCUGGUUGAAGUUAACAGAUAAUUACCCAGAAAGAAGCUUUAUCUAUAACGUGCCCAUAAAACCACAGAAGAAAAAAAGUAAUGUAUAUUAUCAUUUUAUAAGCAGAACUUGAUGCUCUUUGGCUUAUUUUUUGACAGAAAAUUGCAUUCAUUGUGCUGAAUAAUUUGAUGGGGAGAGCUUUUUAUGUUCAUUCUUUGUUAGAGCUUUUUAUGUUCAUUCUUUGUUGAUGAAAGGAAGGUGUUGAUAGAUGUCAGACAAAAACUUGGCUGCCAUGGCAGGAUGAUGCGUUUGCUUCAAUACUUGUCUUGCUGAUUGGAUCAAUAAAGGCAUUUCUGUAAUCAGUUCAACCAUUGAUGUAUUUUCAUUUUUCAU